AAUGAACGGAAAUUGUGACAAUUACCCUCACCCUCCCUCUCCUCGUGCUUCAUUUGGGUUCCCGAUGAUUCCCAGUUUGUCGUCAUUUCGGAGGCCUCCCCAAAAAGAUAACUCAAAUGUCCGUUAAACAUGGGCUGUACACAUGUACCCUUUACUAGUUGAAUAUUGUUCCCAGGCGCUUUUCUUUCCCUUCGAAAUAUACCAAAAGAGCGGGGAAUGCAGCGCUUCCUGGCAGUAUGCAUUUCAUGGGCCUGAUCGUCAGGCCUUGGCGUCGCCUUGUCAGGUCCGUCGAAGUCCGUUCCCAACUUGAUUCGAUGUUGAAACGCGCGUUCGCCCUUGGUUUUUCUGCUUUAUUGGAUUGGGGGGAGGGAGGAGAGAGGAGAAGGUCGAAGAAAAACAGAAGGCCAGUUUUGUUGAUCAGGCACAGACGCAAGUAAUGAAGUACGAGUACUUAGAAAAAGCGAAUACCAAUCGUGAUAAGUAGACCCUCAAAAGAGAUUAGUGCUUCAGUUGAAAAGUGUUCUUGUAUUGACCAGUAUACGUACAUACGCCAUGUCAUGUCGUGGUUCAGGCCUUGGAUGAGGCCAGACUGAUCCGCUGUUUAUGAUCGAAUCCUUGAUCGUGCUGCCAUGACGUUCUUCACUCAAUCACCAAGUCCCAACGAACGCGAUUGUCUGGAAUCGCACACUCUGAAUCUUGAGGAGGAAAACAUACUAAUCGGUCAUCAAAGUUAUUGCCCUCGCCAUUGGGACCAUCUCUUGUGUUGGCCUUUGGGCAAGUCAAAUGCCACUCUUGGAAUUCCUUGCAACGCUUCCCGAUCUUUUGUCGAGAUCGUACUCUCAUCCCGACCCACCAUUCACACGGAAGAUAUUCCAGGCUUUGCUUACCUCUAUUGCAAUUCGUCCGGGAUUUGGGCUGAAAAAACUAAUUAUGAAGAAUGCAUGACAUUCCUGAAUGAGAUCUUAUCCGAGGAGGAAACUCGACGUCGGGUUCGUCAUGCCAUCUCCGCCAUUACCUUUGCACUGUGCCUAAUCUCCACGAUAGUGUUAUUGGUGGCUUUAGGAAUAUUCUCGUUCUUCAAAUCCUUGAAGUGUGAUAGAUUGCAGGUCCACAAGAACUUCAUGCUUUCUCUGGUGAUCCGAUACGUGGUCAGUUUGGUCUAUUAUGAGCCAUACAUCUACGGCAAUGAGGAUCCAUACAUUUGGUAUCACGUGAUUGGACGGGGUUACCUUUGCAAAUUAGUGUUGGUUGUCUUGAUGUAUGGACAGAUUUCGCCCAUUUUCUGGAUGUUCAUUGAAGGCGCCUACCUUCAUUCGCGAGUUGUUACGAACAUUUUUGACUCCCCCGCUCCGUUCAAGUUCUACUACUUCAUCGGUUGGUUUCUUCCUUUGGCGUGUACUCUGUCGUGGACGGUGACCAUGAUCGUGACCCAAAAGCCGGAGAGCCAUUGCGAUCCAGUGGACGAGGAGACCGCAUGCAAAAGCAAUCACACCUGCUGGGAAGGCUACACGGAGCAACCCUACAUAGCCAUUCUCUCCGUACCGAUGAUGGUGGCCCUCGCAAUCAACCUGUUAUUUCUCAUCAAUAUUGUCCGCAUUGUCAUCACCAAAGUUCAACAUCAGAUGAACGCCAGUCAAACGGAAACGGCUCACAUAAAGAAGGCCGUGCGCGCAACGGUCAUUCUCUUCCCACUCCUUGGCAUCACCAAUCUCGUUUUCUUUUUCAACCCGAAGAGUGCUCUGUACGAGAAGCUUUACAUGUUUUUCAAUUCCAUUCUACAGUCUUCUCAGGGUAUUUUCCUGGCAAUAUUGUACUGCUUCUGCAACUCGGAAGUCCAAGAUACGAUCAAGCGUCACAUUCGACGGAUAUCCACCCGUCACGAUGUUCGACGAGGUGCAACCAUCAACUCCAGUCGUUACAACCGUGAGCGGGCAGGCACCCUAAGUGGAGCGAAUCCCCCGGGUCCCCGCCAAUCCCGAGCCUCCUCAUUGGCCGUCACGCCCAAGUUCAGUAGCCAAAACGGCAGCCAACACGUGGGAUUCCUGUCCCGAGCAGGCACCAUCUCGUCAGACAUUCGUCCCACCCCGAUCAACGAGGCGGAGAUGACUCUCUUGGUGGAGGGCGAUAGCAUUCCCCCCAAAUCUAACCCGGGCUUCUACAUGAGCUCAGAUACUCUCAAAACCGCCGUGUAGGGCGGCCAUUUCUUCGUUAGAAGAGUUCAAUACAUUUGUUACCUGACUACAAAGAAUCAAUGUACAAUGUACUAGUUGAGUUGACCUUCACGCAGUUCAUGUCAAUGUUCAAAUACAUGGAUGUGUUUUAAG